UUUGGAUUAAACCAAAGAAGAAGAGGCUACGCGUGGCGAGCAUUUUCCAGUCAAGAACGUUGCGGUGAACUAAACUUGGAUAACAUCGCAUAAAGAGAACCCCGACCUCAAAAAGAAGGAAAGGGGCGACCCGUUUCUGUGGUCAAAAUGCUCGUCUUGUUUGAGACCGCUGCAGGCUAUGCCAUUUUUAAAGUUCUUGAUGAAUCGAAACUGCAGCAGGUUGACAGUUUGUACAAGGAGUUUGAGACUCCUGAAAAGGCAAAUAAAAUUGUGAAACUUAAGCACUUUGAGAAGUUCCAGGACACAACUGAGGCCUUGGCAGCUGCCACUGCCCUUGUCGAGGGUAAAAUUGGUAAAAGUUUGAAGAAAGUGCUGAAGAGGGUGGUUGCCAAGGAAGCUCAUGAACAGUUAGCCAUCAGUGAUGCUAAAUUAGGUGGCGUCAUCAAAGAAAAGCUGGAUCUGAGUUGCAUCCACAGCCCUGCUGUUGCGGAACUCAUGAGGUGCAUUAGGAGCCAGAUGGAAGGCCUCAUCUCAGGACUUCCACCUAAGGAGAUAAGCGCAAUGUCUCUUGGACUGGCACACAGUCUUUCCCGUUACAAGCUGAAGUUCAGCCCGGACAAGGUGGACACCAUGAUUGUGCAGGCUAUAUCUCUGUUGGAUGACCUGGACAAGGAACUGAAUAAUUACAUCAUGCGCUGUAGAGAGUGGUAUGGUUGGCACUUCCCGGAGCUUGGGAAGGUUAUCACCGACAAUUUAGCCUACUGUAAGACAGUCUGCAAAAUAGGUGAUCGCACAAACGUGGCCAGCAGCGACCUAUCAGAAUUGCUCCCUGAAGAAAUUGAGGCAGAGGUAAAGUUGGCAGCAGAGAUCUCAAUGGGAACCGAAGUGUCGGAGCAGGACAUCAGCAACAUCCGUCACCUGUGUGAACAGGUGAUUGAGAUUACGGAUUACCGCUCUCAGCUUUAUGACUACCUGAAGAAUCGAAUGAUGGCUAUUGCUCCCAAUCUGACAGUGAUGGUGGGCGAGUUAGUUGGUGCUCGUCUCAUCUCACAUGCUGGCUCACUGUUGAAUCUGGCAAAGCACCCAGCCUCCACAGUUCAGAUCCUGGGUGCAGAAAAGGCACUGUUUCGGGCUCUUAAGACCCGCAAGGACACGCCUAAGUACGGUCUGAUCUACCACGCCUCUCUUGUGGGCCAAACAACUGCCAAGAACAAGGGCAAGAUCUCCAGAAUGUUGGCAGCCAAAACCUCCCUUGCCAUACGCUACGAUGCCCUUGGGGAGGACACCAACGCAGAAAUGGGCGCGGAGAACCGAGCCAAACUGGAGGCCAGAUUACGACAGUUGGAGGAGAAAGGAAUUCGAAGAAUCAGUGGAACAGGAAAAGCGAUGGCCAAGGCAGACAAAUACACGCACAAAAGUGAAGUGAAAUUAUAUGACCCCUCCGGUGAUUCUACAAUCCCCUCUACGUCAAAGAAGAGGAAGUUUGAAGAGAUGGAAGAGCAAGAAAAAGAGGCACCUUCAACACCUGUGAUGAAAGCCAAAAAGCCUAAAAAGGAACAAGUAUUGGAGGUAGAAGGUGAGACGUCCACAGUUACGGCUGAGGAGCCCCCCAAGAAAAAGAAGAAAAAGAAGAAGAGCAGUGCCGAAGAGCCACAAGAGGAGGAAGAGAGUGUUGAAGUGGCAGAGCAGCCAACAGAGAAGAAGAAGAAGAAGAAAAAAAAGAUCAAGGAAGAGGAAGACUGAAAAGUACAUAGUGUAUAGUUUUUUUUUUGUUUUUUUUUUUUAAAUCACAAGAUUUUCUUUCAGGCGCAGAGCUGUAUUAGCUCCUGAUGAUAAAGGUAUAACCAUUGUCUGAUUUAUAACUAUCUGAGACCUCAAAUGUUUGUAUAGACUAAAAAGUUAUGAAUUUAAAAUUACAUUGAUUUUGGGAUUUCCUACGUGUUUGAACUUAUGUAUCAGAUACAAAUCUUCACAGCAGAUGUGAGAAAUCUGAACACUGAAAACACAAUAAAUACUGCAAUAAGACAAUUGUAUUCAUGUGAUU